UUUCAGAAAGGCCAACCAAAACCCUCCUCUCCUAUCUGCGAUCUUGGCGCUGGAAAACGGAAAAUUUCUGCCGCCAAAAUCCACAUUCUCCUUCUGAUAUUAUGAAUUGAAACGAAGAAAUUUAUUUAUAGGGGUUCAAUUCAGCAGAUUGGAUUUGUGGCGUAAAGAUUAUCAACAACUGUUAUCAGUUUGGAGGGUUCUUUGAUCAUAUGCAACUCUGUUUAUUCUUUUAUCGAGAAUUAUAGUGAGAAAUUCAGCCAAGUAUUCGAUCAUGUAAAAUAGGAGAGGUUCAUAUUAUUGUUGGUGUAAUCAUGGGUUGUGGUUUUUCAACCUCCAAGACUUUUAGAAAACAACCUUCUUUUGAUCCUGUUGCGCUUGCUGCGGAGACCCCUUGUGGUUUACAAUUGUGGUUAAGAAGUAUCAUCCAUUAUUGAUGGUUCCAGUGGCAGCUAAUCUAUGUAUGGGUUACCGUGAAUGAGGUGGAGGCUUUAUAUGAGCUAUUUGAGAAACUAAGCAGUUCUAUGGAUGAUGAUGGGCUUAUAGGGAAGGAUGAGUUCCAACUAGCAUUAUUCAGAGAUCAAGAUAAACGGAACCUGUUUGCAGACCGGAUAUUCGAUCUUUUUGACACGAACAGGAGUGGGCAUAUCGACUUCACCGAGUUUGUCCGUUCGUUGAGUGUAUUUCAUCCAAAAGCUCCUCAAGAUGACAAAAUUUUAUAUGCAUUCAGAUUAUAUGAUUUGAGACGCACCGGCUUCAUUGAACGUGAAGAGUUAAAGGAGAUGGUUAUGGCUCUUCUUAAUGAAUCUGAACUCUAUAUAUCAGAUGAUAUGAUUGAAACAAUUGUAGAUAAGACGUUCACAGAUGCAGAUAGUAAAGGUGAUGGUCGGAUUGAUCAUGAAGAAUGGAGAGAAUAUGUCGUCAAAAACCCAUCCUUGUUGAAGAAUAUGACUCUUCCUCAUUUACUGGACAUAACUUUGUCGUUUCCAAGCUUUGUUAUGAACAGCCAGGUAGAGGAGACCCACCCAACAGACUAAGACCUUCCUUCUAUGGAUUCAAGAUGUAACAAUUGUAUCUAAGCUUGAACUUGGUUCAGAUUCAUUCAUUUGGGUUUCUGGGCUUUGUGUUUUUGUUUAUAUGGUGGUCAAUUGUAGCAAAAAAUGAUGAUUUUGGAAGUCUGUUUAUAGAAUCACAAGUACAUGAUGCAUUUGGGUUGGCUUUGUUUGA